AAAAAAAGAGGAAGAAAGAAAAGUCCCACGCCGAUGACAUCUAUCGGGUGCUGCUUUCUCGCGUCUCUCUGACAGCUUGAAGUGAGGAACUCAAAGCGCACCGGGGAGUCACUUUUUGAACACCUUUCCCACCGGGUCCCGUCCGCGUCCUGCAGUCCCUUCUGGUGAUUUACACACGUCGUUGGGUUGGGACAUUUCUUCUUUUUUUUGGAGCCCACUUUCUCACGAGACGAAGAACUACGGGGAUUAAUCGCUCACUUCUGGCGAAGCAGCAAAAGAGCGCAACCACGUUGCUCCCUUUGGCGUCGGAGCGCAGGAUCCGCGGCGGAACAAGUGCGCAGCCGGCCGGCCGGGGAGAGAGGGAGCGAGACGCCGGCUUGUUCAUGUUUGGGAUCCAGGAGAGCAUCCAGCGAAGCGGCAGCAGCCUGAAGGAGGAGCCGCUGGGAGGCAUGAACACCGUCCGGAGCUGGAUGCAGGGGGGCGGCGUGCUGGACGCCAACACGGCCGCCCAGAGCGGAGUGGGUCUGGCCCGGGCUCACUUUGAGAAGCAGCCGCCCUCAAACCUGCGCAAGUCCAACUUCUUCCACUUCGUCCUGGCUCUGUACGACCGGCAGGGUCAGCCGGUGGAGAUCGAGAGGACCAACUUCUUGGGCUUCAUCGAGAAGGAGAAGGAGACGAGCGGAGAGAAGACCAAUAACGGGAUCCAUUACCGGCUGCAGCUUCUCUACAGCAACGGCAUCAGAACAGAGCAGGACUUUUAUGUUCGACUCAUAGACUCCAUGACCAAACAGGCGAUUAUUUAUGAAGGCCAGGACAAGAAUCCAGAGAUGUGCAGAGUGCUGCUGACACAUGAGAUCAUGUGCAGCCGGUGCUGUGACAAGAAGAGCUGCGGAAACCGUAAUGAGACACCCUCAGACCCUGUUAUCAUCGACAGAUUCUUCCUCAAGUUUUUCCUCAAGUGCAACCAGAACUGUCUAAAAAACGCAGGAAACCCACGCGACAUGAGGAGGUUCCAGGUGGUGGUAUCGACGACAGUGAGUGUCGAUGGACAUGUCCUGUCAGUCUCCGACAACAUGUUUGUCCACAACAAUUCCAAACACGGGCGACGGGCCCGCAGACUCGAUCCCGUGGAAGGAACCCAGUCUUACCUCGAACACGGAGCAGCUCCGUGCAUUAAAGCCAUCAGCCCCAGCGAGGGGUGGACUACGGGGGGCGCCACGGUCAUCAUCAUAGGAGACAACUUCUUCGAUGGGCUCCAAGUCAUCUUCGGCACCAUGCUGGUUUGGAGCGAGCUGAUCACGCCGCAUGCCAUCCGGGUGCAGACGCCUCCCAGACACAUCCCCGGGGUCGUUGAGGUCACUCUGUCUUACAAGUCCAAACAGUUCUGCAAAGGCACACCUGGAAGGUUCAUAUACACAGCAUUGAAUGAGCCGACCAUUGACUACGGUUUCCAAAGGCUUCAGAAGGUCAUUCCUCGGCACCCAGGGGAUCCCGAGAGGCUACCUAAGGAGGUUAUUUUAAAGAGAGCAGCCGACUUGGUAGAAGCCCUUUAUGGUUUGCCCCAUAAUAACCAGGAGAUCAUUCUGAAGCGCGCGGCGGACAUUGCAGAAGCUCUCUACAGCGUCCCACGAGGACACUCCCAGCUCUCCGGCUCCAACCACAGCGGCAUGAUGGGGGUCAACUCCUUCAGUGGGCAGCUGUCCGUCAAUGUCUCCGAACCCCCACAGGCCAAUCAGGGAUUCGUGCGCAGCAGCAGCAGCGUGUCCCCUCACGGCUACGUGCCCAGCUCCACGCCGCAGCAGACCGGUUACACUUCUGUCACCAGCACCAUGAACGGCUACGCGAACAACAGCGGCAUGAACAACCUGGGAGGCUCCCCUACUUUCCUCAACGGCUCUGCAGCCAACUCGCCUUAUGCUAUUGUCCCAUCCAGCCCCACCAUGGCCUCCUCCACCUCUCUCCCCUCCAACUGCUCCUCCUCUUCUGGCGUUUUCUCCUUCUCUCCAGCCAACAUGGUGUCGGCGGCCGUUAAGCAGAAGUCCGCCUUCGCUCCGGUGGUCAGGCCCUCCUCCUCCCCUCCGCCCUCAUGUACCAGCUCCAACGUCAACGGCCUCCAAGAUCAAACAUUUGUGGACUCUAGCAAGUACUCAACAGCCAACUCUCUACAAGGCCUGGCUUUCACCUGAACAAUCCCGGGAAUGAUAGUUCCACACAUGUAAAGGUGAGAGUGACUGUGUGUGUGUGUGUGUGUGUGUGUGUGUGUGUGUGUGUGUGUGUGUGUGUGCUUGUGUGCGUGAGUGAUUGCGUGUGUGUCAGAUGAACCAAGCACAUUCACGCCGCUCCCUGCAGAGGAUUUCGAUGCGAGUCAGACUCCGGUCGGGGAUCCAUGUCCCGAUCUGAAGGAACAAACCCAACUCAGGCCUUUCUAACACAAAAACAACAGCGAAAAAAACAAACAGUCGAAGAACAAAAAAAACAAAGACUGUUUGCAAAGAAAUAAGUUGUUUGGACUUUGUACACCGUGAUGCUUUAUAGGAGAACGGCCACACCUACAUUAUGACUCUCCACAGACACAGGAAGUGUAUUUAUUUUGGAGAUGAUCCAUUUCUUCCCUUGAAUGACUUCUUUUUUGUGCAACAGUUAAAGUUUGAUAGUCACCUUCUGACUGUAUCUCACGUGACGGAUUUUCUAUUAAUGAAGGAAUAUAAUGUGAAGAACGCCUGAUGAUGAUGGCGGGGACUAUGAUGAUGAGGAUGAGAAUGAGAUAAGGCUGCAAGAUUCAUAGAGGUUCAAAUCCAGCCGACACAGACAAGCCAAACCAGACACACACUUUUGCUUCUUAUUGCCAAAUCCGCACCGUCUUCACAGACACUUUUUGGGGGCGAGGUCUUCCUCUGCAUCUGAAGUGUUGAGGUGCUUCCCCGCCGGGUGCAGUCAAGAAAUCCCCACGUUUCAUCCAACAGAAGCUGUUGAGAGAAACAAAUUCUGUUAUUUGACAAGCCAGGAAUAAAAGAAAGAAGACUUUCGGCUGUCGGUGGGUCUCAGGAGGGAUGAAGUUCAUAAUGACUUGCGUUGGUUUGUGAUCACCGGGAGCAGAAGAACUGACUCGACUCCUUCACUGAGACCUCCGGCGGCCUUCUUACCACAUGAUCUGCUAUAAAGUCGCGGAGGAUACGUUUUAAAGACUGCUGCCAUUCUGUUGUGAAAGUCGCUUGAAAUGUUUUGUCUUAGCACAGGACUCCUUGUUUUCCUUUUGGUUAGCUUUGUUUUUUCUCAGUUUAUUUUGUUAGCUGGACAUUUCUCUGCUUCUUUUCUCGCUUUAUGUGGUGGUGUCACGUAAUGAGUUCAAAUCCACCACAAGAUCAAAAACUAGUUGUUAAGGUGUAGGAACAAAAACAUUAUGUCGAGGUUUAGGAUUACUGAAGUAUUUAAUUGCAAAAAGUCAAUGUAGACUCUUGGAUUCAAAGGGGGUACAAACACCAGUAUAUUAAAAAUAAAUCUGCUUUUGAGUUCACUUUUAUGAAUUUCCAAGUCUUGGGUUUUUUUGCACCGCAGGAUAAUUAGCCAGCAACAUGUCUUAAAUGCGCAGGCAAAGUACCUGAUGAAUUGUUGUGAAAGUCACUGUAGUGCGUGUGGUUCAACAGUCUUAAUUAUUUUAGGAUUAUGUUUUUUGGCCAAAGCCCUUAUUUGAGACAUUACUGCCUGAUCAGUCUUACACCACAUCUUCAACUAUGUUUUUUUUCUUUUUUUAGGGUCAUACAUUAUGCCAUAUUAUGUACAACUUACGACGUUGCUUUACAGCCUGCAGUAGGUAGCAUCCACACAUUUAUUUAACUUUAUUGUUUGUCACUGACGUGACAUUUGCCAGUGAAUUUGGAUUCUUAACCAGACAGAAAAACUAACUGGCAUCCUAUGCUGAUAAAAUAAACCCCUGAUAUUUGAUCAAGAUUAAUGUAACUCCUGCUUGAGUGGAUCCAGGCUGAUAAAUAAAGAAAGAAAAUUCUAGAUAAAAUUCCAUUAUUAAAUCUAUAAUGGGUGAAAUCCACCUCCUUAGCCAGAAAUCUGUAACUUCUUCAGAGCACAAAUUCAAAAUGUCCUUUUAAAGAUGUUUCCCUUGAUCCAUCACUCAUGUGUAAGGAUUGCAACGUCAUUAACCCUUUUGUAUGAUUGCGUUUGUUUGAAUUAUCAAAGGCCAUACUUCCACUGCUGAUUUCAAACCAACGAAAUAAGCCAUGUUGUCAUGUCUUUUCAUUUGUCAAGUCAGAAAAGCAGGCGGACAUUGCUCCCUUCCCCUCAUUUACCCUCAUUUCCCCUCGUUUUGAUUGUGCUUUUACUACUCUGUCUACUCGCCCUCUUUCUUUCCUUUUACAAAAUGAGCCACUUAUUUUUAUUUUUUUAUCUCAAAAAUGGGUCUUGAGACCACUCUUCUGUUGGCGUCCACGUGUGCUCGUGCCUGCGACUGUGCGUCUGAGUGUGUCGUCAUUUUUCUCUGAAAGAAAAAUGUGAUGUUUUGAAGUUAAAGAAUGUUUUUCUUUUCAUAGUACAUAUAUAAAUACCUGUACAGGAAUAAGUACAUCGAGGGGUUUGGUUAAAAGAAGAAUGAUCCGAAGCACUUGUCCAGCAACAGUUCAUCAUGGCUUGUCUGCGGUCAGAGUGGUGGUCAUCGUCAAUGCUCACAUUUAUCCACAGUAUCAGUGUGGAGGGGAAGAGUAAAGAGGAAGCUACUGUAAAGAUGAUACUGUUGAUUCUUUUUUUUUAAUUUUAAACUUUGAAGUGUAAAAUAACUUUUUGAUUCUCUAUAU